AUUGCGAGCGCGUCUGCCGCUCCUUCACGCUCGCCCUCUCGCUCUUUCGCUCGCCCACUGGCCCACUCGCUCUCUGCCGAGAAAAAAGCUGAUAAACGGUGGACAAAACCAAACGAAAGCAAACCGAAACCGAACUUUUGCCCAAGUGCAGUUUUAUUUAAUCAGUGUGCAAAGACGCGUCGUUUGGUUAACGCCGGCCGACGGCUCAGCGAAGCAAAUAAAUAAAUACAAAUAACAAACACACAUAUUUUUUUUUCAAGUCCUACGCGAGUGAACACCUGACCCCCGCGCAAAAUAAAACCCCCUUCUAACGAAAUUGUGCAUAAAUAGACCUAUUUUCAUGGCCUAAACUACGGACCAUAAUGGUUUUGGAGACCUCCGAGGGCGAUACCAAAAAGUUCCUGACCAACAACAAUAACUCGAGUGCCAGCCGAAAUAACAACAGCCACAAUAACAACAACAACAAUCACAGUCCCAAGGAAAUUCCGGAGGAGACUGGCCGGAGUAGCAGCACCAGCAGUAACAGCAUCCCCAACGCCCACCGGACCAACGCCGGUCAGCAUCUGUUGGGUGGCUCCCCAUCGAGCGCCUGCUCCACAUCCGUAUCCGGUUGCGGCAUGCCCUCCGAGGGCCUCCAUCCGACGGCCGCACUCCAGCUUUAUGCCGCCGCCGCCCAACUGGCGCCUAAUGGCGUCCGCGUACCGCCCUGGGGUCCCUUCCUUCAGUUCGGCGUGCCGGGCGUCUUUGGUCCGAACGGACCCUUCCUCGGGCGGCCCCGUUUCGAUGCCGCCUCCGCCGGCGGACAUCCGAAUUCCGCUGCUGCCGCCGCGGCCGCCACGCAAAUGGCCGCUGUGAAUGCUAGCAAUGCGUUCGCCAAUCUAACGGGACUGAGUGCGGCGGCGCUGCGAAACGUGAGUGCCGCCCAAACGACGGCGGUGGCGGCCGUCGCCAGUACAGUGGCCACCAUCCAGCACCGACUGAUGAUCGGCAACCGGCAGAGUUUGCCGCCGGCGGGACCACCCAGCGAAGGAUCUAAUGAGGAUGGCGGUUUUCCCGGCGACGGCGACGACGACAGCAGUGCGGCCAAGCGGCGCAGGUCGCGCACCAACUUCAACUCCUGGCAACUGGAGGAGCUGGAGAGGGCCUUCUCCGCCAGCCACUAUCCGGACAUCUUCAUGCGGGAGGCCCUGGCCAUGCGGCUGGACCUCAAGGAGUCGCGAGUUGCGGUAUGGUUCCAGAAUCGACGUGCCAAGGUGCGUAAGCGCGAGCACACGAAGAAGGGACCCGGCCGCCCCGCCCACAACGCCCAGCCGCAGACCUGCAGCGGUGAGCCCAUUCCGCCCAACGAGCUCAAGGCCAAAGAGCGAGCCCGUCGUCGAAAGAAGCUGGCCAAGGCCAUCGACCGGCAGGCCCGGAAACUGCAGGCCAAGGGCAUCACCGUGGACCUGGAGGCCCUCAAGGCCGAGUACAUAUCACAGCACAAGGCGAACGGCACCUUCUCCGAUUCGGACCUGGAGGACGAUGGCAUCCAGAUCGACGUGGUGGGCGGCACGGACAGCGACGACGAGGGCGACAGCGACGCCGUCAGUCCGGUGCGUCUCGGUGGCGGAGGAGGUGGUGGCGGUGGCACUGGAGGCGGCGGAGGUGGUGGAGCCUCCUCGUCGCUCCACUGCGGACUGGAUGGCGAUGGCGACAGUUCGCGGGCGGGCAGCUUUAUCGGCGGCGGCGGUAGCCUGGGCAGCCCCAGUUCGGUGGCCCCACCCUCGAUGCUCUCCAAUGGAGCGGUCCAGUUCGGCAAGCUGGAGCCAAUGGAUGGCAAUGAGUCCGAGGAGCGGGACAGGGAGCGCGACUCGCCAAAGCCGCUCCUCUUUCCCGCCAAGGCCUUCCAUCAACUGAACCUGCAGAGCAGCCAACAGCACCACGGUCUGGUGGUGGGCCAGGGUCAGGGAUCGGGAUCUGGACACGGGCACGGGCACCAGCACAACCACCAUCAGCACCACCUUCAUCAUGGCAGUGCAUCCGCCUCGGCGGCGGCAGCAGUGGCCAAUCUGGUGCACCAGACAUCGCCGAUCAGCAUGCGCCGGAGCAAUCCCUUCAGCAUCGAGUCCUUGCUGUUCAACAACACGUGAGGCAACCACGCGAUGGCCACGAUCCGGCCGAAUCCCCUCGAGACCUCUUUGAUUUCCGCGUUCCUAGAAUGUUUUGCUCAACUUAUUUCCACGUCUCCCACUCUAAGUUUCCCCAUUUGUAUGUAUCUUCGGUUCAGAGCUUAAAUAUUCCCUAAGUGAUUUAUUUAUUCAAAUGUAAUGUGUAGUGCAUUUUUUUUUAAAUUUUUUUUUUAAUUUUUUUUAUCGUAGACCUUGUUCCCCGAGAGAGACUAAAUUAGUGUUGUAAAUGAAUUUAUUAUUUGUACUGCGUAUAUAUACUAUAAAUAAUCUUUUUUUUUGGAGUGGCUGCUGCCCAAAGCAAUGCUUGAAAUAUGAAUAAUAUAAUUAUGUAAUAGAAGUCUAUUGACUAAGGACAUUUUUUUUCAAAGUGUGAAUGCGUGUGAAUGUGUGUGCUGUGUGUGUGUGUGUGCUAUGUAAGAGAGCCUGUGUAAAAAUGUAAUUUAAUUUAGCAAAACAAGAGAAAACCAAUUGACGAUGGGAAACACAAAGAAUUGCAUAGAAAUCCACGAGUUAAGUAAGCGAAUUUUUUUUUUGUGUCGAAAAAAGCAGGCUAGAAUAUUACAAAUAUGAGAGAACCCACACAAUAUUACAUAUAGACAUGCAAAGAACGGCGAAAUGGCUGCUAAAAAUUAUAUUGUAUCUAAAAACUGAUUGUCAAACAAGAAUAAAAUGCGAAUCUGUAAAGAGAGAAAAACCACAUAAACAACAAAUUACGAUUAUUAUUUACCCAUUUUCGUUUCGAGUCGAGCUUAACCACAAUAAACAAAACACACAAAAUAAAAACUGCGCAAGCCCCGAAAGGCCCCUCUGAAAAUUACCCAAUUCCC